AUGUUAAAUAAAGAAAUUACAGUAGCCAAGUUACUACGAGAACAAUUAUUAAAUGUCAUAAAAGAAUUGCAACAGCAAACACCAACAAAACAAACACUUAAAUUUCAAAAAAGGAAGAAAAGAAACACUCCAUUAAUAGGGUUCAUAGGAAAAAUCGCAGGACCAACCAUAGGAAUAUUAACGUACGAUGAUGGGGAAAGAUACGAACAACUUUUCACAGAAUUAAACGAGGCUCAGAAGAACAUAUCACAUUUAGUAGGAGAACAAACUCACAUAGUAAGAGCAGACUUACAAAAUUUAUAUGAUUUAGCACAACGACAACAUAACAGUUCCGAAGAAGAAAGAAAAAGAUUAUAUAAACUCGAAGAAGACAUAUUUGCCGUAGAAUCAAAAUUAACUACUACAGAUUUCAUGUUACAAUUACAAAAAACAUCAAAACAAUGGAACGAACAAAUAGAAACUUAUAAACAUGGAUUAGAAGAAACCUUAAACGUCAUAUUCAAAGCCAUAGAAGGAAAAUUACAUCCAAAAUUAUUAAACAACGAGCAGAUAAAAACAAUAGCAACUGAAGCACAUAAAUUCUUAGAAAACCAGGAAUACCCUAUGCACAUAGACAACCUAAAUGUCGCGACAAUUGCCGAAAUAUCAAAAAUAGGAUUACAAGUAAAAGGAGAAAAUUUGAUGAUAACACUAGAUAUUCCCCUUUUAGAAAAAGAAAAAUAUUUACUUUACAAAAUGCACGAGCUACCAGUACUACAAACUAUAGGAACAAAAGGAAACAGAGCGUACAUUACGCCCCACUCCAAAUACAUAGCCACUAGCAUAGAGGGCAGACAUUAUUUUUAUUUAGAAGAAGAACAGCUAAGGACUUGCCAAAUAGUGGAAGGAAGAUACGUUUGUUACCUAACACAAGGAAUUUACGACAUUAUUUUAGCACCAAGUUGUGAAUCAGAAUUACUAAGAGAACCUAAUAAUAACACCUUAAGAAGUUGUGAUAUCCGGAUCACAAAGAAUCAACAACCACUAUGGGAACCUCUAAUCACAACAGGGAAUUGGUUAUAUUCACUAACGAAAGAAGAAACUGCAUAUUUGAUCUGUCCCAAAACAAAAGUCAACACUUUCCAACUAAAAGGAAUAGGAAUAGUUAAUUUAUCGCCAAAAUGUACCUUAAAAACUGACACAAUAAAAUUACCUACAUUACAGAUAAUUAACAACCCUCAAGAAUAUAUUUAUGCACCUAAAAUAGAAUUAAAACUAGAAGAAAUUUCACCGAUACUAAAAACAGCAAACCCUCAAAAGGAGGUAACAACUUCAAACGAAAUACGACCAAUUUGGAGAAAAAUGGAAACCGACGAGAAAUUACAAGAAAUAGAAAAAGAUUCUAUGCUGCCUAAGAAGAAAGAAAAAAGACAACGAGACAGAAACGCAACAGAUGUACACCAUACCUUCUAG